CAUGGCGGCGCGCAGCUCGGCGGGGGACGCGGCGCUGGGCCGCGCGGCCGCGCAGUGGCUGCUCUGGGACAAGAAUCCCAAAACUUCUGCAAUAGUGAAGCAACUGGUUGCUGAAGGAAAUGCAGGAGAGCUGCAGAAGUAUUUUGGCGCGCGGAUGGAGUUCGGCACAGCAGGGCUCAGAGCUGCCAUGGGAGCUGGCAUUUCCCACAUGAAUGACUUGACCAUUAUCCAGACGACCCAGGGAUUUUGCAGAUACCUUGAAAAAAAUUUCAGUGACCUGAAAGAGAGAGGAGUUGUGAUUGGUUUUGAUGCUCGUGCCCAUCCUCCAAGUGGAGGCAGUAGCAAAAGGUUUGCAAGACUUGCUGCUAAUACUUUCAUCAAUCAGGGAGUUCCCGUUUACCUGUUCUCUGACAUAACACCAACUCCUUUUGUGCCCUAUACAGUAACUCAUCUGAAGCUUUGUGCUGGAAUUAUGGUUACUGCUUCCCACAACCCGAAGCAAGAUAACGGUUACAAGGUGUACUGGGAAAAUGGUGCUCAGAUCAUUUCCCCUCACGACAAAGGAAUUUCUGAGGCCAUAGAGGAGAAUCAAGAGCCAUGGCCUCAAGCUUGGGAUGACAAACUUGUUGACAGCAGCCAGCUGCUUCAUGAUCCGUAUGCCACCAUCAGUAAGGACUAUUUCAAAGACAUACAGAAACAUUGCUUUCACAGGGAUAUAAACAAGGAAACAAAGCUGAAAUUUGUUCAUACUUCCGUGCAUGGUGUAGGUCAUAAAUUUGUGCAAUUGGCCUUCAAGGCAUUUGACCUUAGCCCUCCCUUUGCUGUUCCGGAGCAGAAGGAUCCUGAUCCAGAAUUUCCCACAGUGAAGUAUCCAAAUCCUGAAGAAGGCAAAGGUGUUCUGACAUUAUCGUUUGCUUUGGCUGAGAAAGAUGGGGCAAAAAUCAUUUUAGCAAAUGAUCCCGAUGCUGAUCGACUUGCAGUGGCAGAGAAACAAGAAAGUGGUGAAUGGAAAGUGUUUUCUGGAAAUGAGCUGGGAGCUCUUUUAGGCUGGUGGAUCUUCACUUGUUGGAAAAACCAAAAUCAGGACACUUGUGCCAUUAAAGAUAUUUACAUGUUGUCCAGUACCGUUUCUUCCAAAAUCCUGAGAGCAAUUGCACUGAAGGAGGGUUUCCACUUUGAGGAAACCCUGACAGGUUUUAAGUGGAUGGGGAACCGUGCGAAGCAGCUUAUGGAUCAGGGGAAAGCUGUUCUGUUUGCGUUUGAAGAGGCUAUAGGGUAUAUGUGCUGCCCUGCUGUUCUGGACAAAGACGGCGUCAGUGCUGCAGUUAUAGCUGCAGAGAUGGCCAGCUUUUUGGCAACCAAGAACUUGUCUUUGACCCAGCAGCUGAAAGCAGUCUAUGAUGAGUAUGGCUUCCACAUUACCAAAGCUUCGUAUUUCAUCUGCCAUGAUCCUAAAAUUAUUGAACAGCUUUUUGAGAACCUUAGAAACUAUGAGGGAAAAAAUACUUACCCAAAAUUCUGUGGCAGAUUUAAGGUUUCUGGAAUAAGAGAUCUAACUACUGGAUAUGACAGCAGCCAGCCAGAUCAAAAGGCUAUACUUCCUACUAGUAAAAGUAGCCAAAUGAUAACGUUUACUUUUGCUAAUGGAGGAGUGGCCACUAUGAGGACCAGUGGGACAGAACCAAAAAUCAAAUACUAUUCUGAACUUUGUGCACCGCCUGGAAACAGUGACGCUGAGCAGCUGAAGAAGGAAUUAGAUGAAUUGGUCAACGCUCUUGAAAAACAUUUCUUUCAGCCAGAAAAAAACAAUCUUCAACGAAAGACAGAGUGAACUAACCAAGCGGCUAGCUUCACUGCAUUUGUUUUGCAGCAUUAGAAGUGCAUUAUUUAAGUUGUAAGGAUUUUCAGGACCAAACAUCUGAGAAUUUAGACUAAAGAGCACUUAACAUAUACUCUUCUGCUUACUCUGGAGUCCAGUACCUUAUUCUGGAAUAGAAGUACCUUUAUCCUCAAAGGAGCAAAAGA